ACCAUAACAACAACAACAUUAGAUUCAUUCAUCAAUUUCAACAUUACACUAUUUUUUUGUUUAUUUUCUAUUGUUUUCAUCAAUUAAAUAUUGAUAUUAUAAAUAAAACAAUAAAAUUAAUAUAUAAUGAGGGCUACAACGCACAACCUAAUACUGCUUUUGCUUGUGCUAGGUCUAAGUGGUACAUGGGCCAUUCGAUGCUACCAAUGUUCCUCCGACCAAGAUAGAAAAGGCUUCGAUAGCUGUGGCGCCUACAAACCGUUCAAUCGUACCGAACACAUAGCCAUUGAAUGCAAUAGUGAAGAGUCUCAUAUGCCUGGUUCAUUUUGCAUGAAGGUGGUACAACAAGGACCCCGUGGUUUUAUAUGGGAUGGCCGCUGGAGGCAGGUGAUUAGACGUUGUGCCUCUGUUGCAGAUACAGGUGUGACAGGUGUCUGCAAUUGGGGUGUCUCUGAAAAUGGAGUGUACUGGGAAGAAUGCUAUUGCUCCAGCGAUAGUUGCAAUAGUGCUGAAACCUUGACUACAGCAAAAUCCUUGUGGGCUGCGGUCAUUUUAAUGUGUGGUUUUGCAUUUGUUCGUGUUGUUGACAAUUAGCAUAAAUGGCUUGAAAACGAGCAUCAUUUAGAGUAAGAAUCUUUUUUUUUUGAGUAUUUCCCGAAACGCAUUCCGUCCAUAUUUACGAAAUAGUUUUGUGGUACAUUUGUAAUUCUACAUGUUUUUUAAUAACUAUUUACACGAUGACAACAACGACAGAAUCUCUUCAUUUGUUCAUACGAGUUUAAGCUUCAUAUUAUAAAGUCCAGACAUAUCAAAUAAAUAUUAUAUUGAUGAAAGGUA